AUGGCAGCAUUUACAUUAAAUCUUGAUAGAAAAAUUUUACCAACUCUUGUAACUUGUGGUAAAUUUGAUGGCUCUCAUGCUUGUCUUGCAGUUGCUACAUCCUCAGGUAAUGUUCUUAUUCACAGUCCACAUCGACAACUACCGACAGAUAUUAAUGAAACUCCAGAAGAUAGCUUGGAGAAACGACUAAAAUGGAAUGGAGAACUUGCAGAACUUCAAAUUGGCAAACAAGUAUUAUCUCUGUGUACUGGUCGUCUUACAGAAGACGAAAGAGAUAUUCUUUUGAUUGGAACUCUUACUCAUAUUCUUGCUUAUCAAGUGGAAGAAAAUGCUGACCUUUUUUAUAAAAAUAUUCCAGACGGUGUAUACUCUAUUACCAUUGGUAAACUCAGCUGGUUAUCAAAUCAAGUAACAGUAAUUGGUAGUAAUUGUUCCAUUACUAUCCUUGAUGGGGAAGGUAAUGAAAUUUUCUGGACAAUUAUGGGUGGUAUCGUUACAUCAUUAGCGAUAUUUGACUUUGAUGGUGACGGCGAAUCUGAGUUAUUAACAGGAACUGAAGACUGUGAAAUAAAAGUAUUUAAAGCAGAUGUUAUUUUAUGGGAAAUUAAAGAAACCGCUCCAGUAACAGCUCUUUUAGCUUUACCUGGACGACAAUUUGCUUACGUAGUUGACAAUGGAACUGUUGGUAUUUACGAAAGUGGCCAGAGACUGUGGAGAAUUAAAUCAAAACACAAAGUUGUGUCAAUAAGAAGCUUUGAUGUUAAUGGUGAUGGUAAAUUAGAGCUUGUAACUGGUUGGAGUUCUGGAAAAAUGGAUGCAAGAUCUUGUGUUACUGGAGAUGUUACAUUUAGAAUACAAUUGAAUGCUGGAGUUGCUGGAAUAGUCGAAGCUGAUUAUCGUCGAACUGGACGACCAGAUUUAGUGAUAGUUUCUAUUGUAGGAGAAGUCCGGGGAUAUGGAGCUGGGUUGAUGAUAAGUACACCGGAACCAGGCGAACUGAUCAGAAAAUUUAUAGCAAAAAAACAAGCGCUUUUGAUGGAACUCCGUCAACGUGGAGCGAAUUUUCAAAAUUAUCUUGGAUCUAAAUUAGCUGUCAAUAUGUUUCCUGGUAAAGGAGCUGUUAGGCUUGCACUAGCUGCGGGUCCUGGGUUAUUAAUUUACUGCGUAAUUGUAUUUGCUGAGGGUGUUUUUGAAGGUGAAACAAUGGUUGUUCAUCCAAAUCGACCGGAAGAAGAAUUAGAAAUUGAAUUAAAGCCUGAUGAUAAUAUGACUGUUGAUAUUCAUGUUAAAGUUUGUGUUGGUACUGCAAAUACCGAUUUGUAUCAGGUUUUUGAAAUUGUACGGCAAUUGCCACAAUUUUGUAUGUAUGAAAUAAUAUCACGACCGGAAAAUUUGUCUGAAGAGUUUAAAAACUGUGGAGUAGUUUUUGAGAUUUCCGAGAGACUAAAACGUAUUGCUUUGUGGCUGAACCAAAGUUUUUUACUUACUAAAGAAUUUGAUGUGCCAGACGAAGGUCCUACUGCAGGAUUUAUUGAAUUUUGGCUACGAGGAAUGAGAGAUAGUUAUAUUCAUUGCAUUCGCGCUAGUGCAUCAGGAAAAGCUAGUCUUCAAACGGAAGAUAUGAAUUUUGCUGGUGAUGUAAUUCAAUCCCUAGCUACCUACUUGGGUAUUCAAGAACUUGGAUCUGAAGCCAGAUUUCCAAUUGAAGAACUAAAAUUAUGUAAAGCUCUAGAACGUGUCAAAGGUUUACGUGAAGUUGAUGCCAGGCUCCAAGCUGAUGCAGCAGGAGAUUCGACUUUACUGAAAAAUCUUGUAAUCCGAUUAGAAGAUGCUAGAAUUUUGAAUGAUGUUGAAGGUAUGAAGAAACGGCUUUUACAACUAAAGAAUGUUAAUAGUGAUCUUAUGAGAGAGAAUGAGAUUAGAACGAAUAGUAGCCGAGAGCUUGCAUCAACGUUAAGAGAAUUAAAUGUAGGAGUUCGGAAGGCUUCAAGACUUCGAGUGGGUCGUGCUUCGACAAAUACUAUUUCUAGAUGUAGAACGGCCAUUCAAGAUGAAAAUCCUAAAGCUCUCAUACAAGCAUUACAAAAUGGAUAGUC